UUUUUAGCCACGACUAUUAUGGUCUACGUCGAGCGUACAGUGGAAAAGAUAGCAAAGGAAACUUAUACAGUCGCCGCAUUCAACCCGGAAAUACACUUAUAAAUCUGCUCUCUUCAAGGAUUAGACGUAAAACGGACUAAUUUAGGACAUACAAGAUCCCGUGGAGCUUGAACUACACGCGUGUACAGUCUCCUUCGCCUGGAGAUCGAUGCUAAGGGGGCACUUUUGUCUUCGUUUUUAGACAAUCUGUUGCCAUGGGCAACCUGUUGAAGAUUUUAGCCAAGGAUGAAAGUGCUUCCAAAAUUGACAUCUUUUUAGAUUUUGAGAAUGCACAGCCAACUCAUCCCGAAUUUGAAGUAUGGCAGAUUGUCAACAGUGUACUAGUACACUCCGAUAGGGUAUUGGAAGAUUUACAGAAAUACAGAGGCGCUGGUGAAGAAAUAAGACAGGCUAUAUCAAAUCCAAGUCAUGAUCAGUUACAACAGAUAGCUUGGAAUGCAGUUGUUCCAUUGGUAGCAAAACUUAAAGGAUACUAUGAUUAUUCUCUUAAUUUAGGUAAGUACAAGUAUUAUAAAAAAAUUGUUUUGCAUGACUUUGAAAGGUCACACAUCCUGAUAAAGUUACCGACCAAACUCACUGUAAUGGCGAAUCAGGUGAAGUUACCUACCAAUCUCACUGUAAUGACCAAUCAGAAUGGUGAUGAUGGUAGUGAUGUAAAUAAUGAAAUGGCCAAUCGAAUGUCCUUAUUUUAUGCUCAAGCCACACCUAUGUUGAAAAUGCUAAGUGAUGCUACAACGCGAUUUGUUUCAGAGAAUAAGAAUCUUCCCAUAGAAAACACAACAGAUUUAUUAAGUACUAUGGCAGCAGUUUGUAAAACUAUGCUAGAACAUGAUGCUCACUACACUCGAUUCAAAAAUGAAGAUACAGUAUUGUUCUGUCUACGGGUGAUGGUUGGGGUGAUUAUACUCUAUGAUCAUGUACAUCCAGUAGGCGCAUUUGAUAAGAAGUCCUCCAUAGAUAUAAAAGGUUGUAUAAAGGUUUUGAAAGUGCAGCACCCAACCAAAGUUGAAGGUCUUCUCAAUGCUCUCAGAUACACAUCAAAACAUUUCAACGAUGACAGCACGCCGAAAAAUAUCAAAGCCAUGUUAUCAUAGAGAUUGUUGCCAUGGUGAUAUGAUGUAGCAGCCAUGGUGAUAUAAUCAUUCUCACUAAAACUUUGUACACUACCUUCUCAGAGAAUGUAUAAAUUAAACAAAUAGUUCUAUCAUCAUGCCAGCAAUGUUGUUGUCAUGGUAAUGAGAUGUAUUUAGAGUGCCUGCAUG